AUGGCACCCAAAUCUGACUGGGAGAAGUGGGAGAAGAAGGCCGACGACAAGGACGAGAAGGAGAUCAAAGGCACGCUUAUAUACCCUCUCUCUCUGCUCGAUAUGCUCACAGAAGUCCAGCCCUCGACGACAGGCCAAGGACCAUAUGCUCAAAAACUGAAGAAGAUUGAGAACGACAUCAAGGACGCGCAGAAACGUGUAAAUGAGAAGCUUGGUAUUAAGGAGUCUGAUACCGGACUUGCUGCGCCCAACCUUUGGGAUCUUGCGGUCGACCGACAACGUAUGGGCGAAGAGCACCCGCUCCAGGUCGCCCGUUGCACGAAGAUUAUCCCCAUGAACCAGGAGGCCGCCGCUGCAGCGCGGGCAGUAAACCCACAGGGCGCUCUUCAGGGCCAGAAGGGUGCCGACGAGCAAGACAAAUAUGUAAUCAACAUCAAACAGAUUGCGAAGUUCGUUGUCGGCCUUGGAGACCGGGUUGCGCCAACAGAUAUCGAGGAGGGGAUGCGGGUCGGAGUCGACCGUAACAAAUAUCAGAUCCAAAUUCCUCUGCCUCCAAAGAUUGACGCGUCUGUUACCAUGAUGCAAGUCGAGGAAAAACCUGACGUGACGUACUCCGACGUCGGCGGUUGCAAGGAGCAGAUUGAAAAGCUUCGGGAGGUCGUAGAAACGCCGCUCCUAUCGCCCGAACGGUUCGUCAACCUCGGUAUCGACCCACCCAAGGGUGUCCUACUCUUCGGCCCACCAGGAACCGGAAAGACGCUCUGCGCUAGAGCAGUCGCCAACCGAACAGAUGCUACAUUUAUUCGCGUCAUUGGCUCAGAACUUGUACAGAAGUACGUCGGUGAGGGUGCGCGCAUGGUGCGCGAGCUGUUUGAGAUGGCACGGAGUAAGAAGGCAUGUAUCAUAUUCUUUGACGAAGUCGACGCGAUUGGUGGUGCACGAUUCGACGAUGGUGCUGGUGGAGACAACGAAGUGCAGCGGACGAUGUUGGAGCUCAUCAACCAGCUGGACGGGUUCGAUCCGCGAGGGAACAUCAAGGUGCUGAUGGCGACGAAUCGACCCGACACGCUGGACCCUGCUCUUCUGCGUCCUGGUCGGCUAGAUCGGCGCGUCGAAUUUUCACUACCUGACGUGGAGGGCCGUGCAAGCAUCCUCCGAAUCCACGCAAGAAGUAUGAGCUGCGAGCGUGACAUCCGGUUCGACCUGAUUGCUCGACUAUGUCCCAACACGACGGGUGCCGAGUUGCGAUCGGUUGCUACGGAAGCGGGCAUGUUCGCAAUUCGUGCACGGCGGAAGGUCGCGACAGAGCGUGACUUCCUCGAUGCCGUCGAGAAGGUCGUGCGACAAGGCACGAAAUUCUCUAGCACAACUCUACAUCUGCGGCCCAGUGACUACGAAGAUGGAGGGAUAUCUGCAGCAGAGCUCUCGCGGCUCAUGGAGGAGCACGCUGAACAGCCUCCCCGCCCGCUCACGCUCUCUACGCUCCUCUCGCUCGCCGACCCGGUGACCCCAGAGUCCGUCUUAACCUCCGUCCGGUAUGUCACCAACGAAAUACCCCGCCGCAUGGCUAUGCGUGCCCGCUCCCUCGAGGCGCUCCCCUACAUUGUGGGCAUGAACCCGUUCAUUGCACGCACCCUAGAGGCGUACCGCAAGAGCUUCCGCUUCUUGACAACGUACCCACCUGUACAGACCCUCGAGGAUAACCAGCGCCUGACGGCUGAGCUCGAUGGGCUCGUGCAGAGUCAUGCAAACGAUAUCCCCACCAUGGCAAAAGGCUUCCAGGAAUGUGCCCGCUACUUGACUCCGGAGCAAAUUAGCACCUUCCUCGACGAGGCCAUCCGCAACCGCAUCGCCGUGCGCCUCAUCGCGGAGCAGCACAUCGCGAUCUCGCGUGCCCUCGAGGAGGGCGGCGACUUGAAGGAUCACCACGGGGUCGUCCACCUCUCCUGUUCGCCCCAGGACAUGAUUCGCAUGUGCGGCUCCUGGGUGAGCGACCUCUGCGAGGCGACACUCGGCGCACACCCCGAGAUCAUCAUUGAUGGCGAAGUGGAUGCUACGUUCGCGUAUGUCCCUGUGCACCUCGAGUACAUCCUCACGGAGAUCCUCAAAAACGCAUUCCGUGCGACCGUCGAGCGGCAUGCCCGCCAGCCUUCCUCCAUCCGCACCUCGCCGGUCCCGCCCGUCCGCAUCACCAUCUCGCCGCCCCCGUUGACCCCCAUUCCACGCCCCCGCUUCCUUUCCAUGCGCGUCCGCGACCAGGGUGGCGGCGUCUCCCCUGCGCAUCUUGCGCAGAUAUUCUCAUACUCCUUCACCACCGCGGGGCGUGCGACAACGAGCCCUGGCGGCGGCGUCGGGUGGGACGAUCAGGAGACUGGGGGCGGCCCAUAUGCCGCGCAGCACGUCGGGGGAAGUGCGGCCAUCGGCGGCAUAGACUCUAUGGGCGGCGCCGGUGGUCUGUUCGCAGAGAUGACAGGACGUGGAGUGCAGGUGGGGAUGGGAACAAUUGCCGGGCUCGGAUACGGCCUGCCUAUGAGCAGAUUAUAUACGCGUUAUUUUGGUGGCUCCCUCGAUCUCAUGUCUUUGGAUGGCUGGGGGUGUGAUGUAUUUCUCAAGUUGCGAUGUCUGGACGAUGCAGGAGACGUAGAGAUAUGA